GUAUUCAAUAAUUAAUCCAUACUUAGUUAUACGAUGGGGCAAAUGGCUAGAAUAGUUCCUACUUACGAGGCGCAUGUGACGCAACUAUCGGCGAUAAUAAGAGACGUCGAUCGACCGCGGGAGAUUGAGGUGGGCAAGCCAAGCCAUACGGAACAACUGAACAGUUGGAUCACCAACGUGCGUCAGAAGAAGCUCAAGUGUCACAGGAGCCCGAAACGCGACUUCCGCGUGGAAGCCGUGCUGACUCACACCUUGAAUAAGGCGGAGUACGAGCUGCGGGCUAAACAGCUGUCUAGGAUAACGCGCUGGCGACGGUUGAGAAAGCAUCUCCUCAAGGGCGUGGAGUACGGCAGCUGUGGCAUGUACAAUGCAGCUGAACGAGAAAAUGAGAGAUGCGACCAGCAUCAUGACUCAAGAAACAACAAUUUCUGGCAAGGAAACUUGUGCGAGGACCUCAGCAGCAUGGUUGAUUUUCUUCAGCAGCUUAGUGAAAUUAAAUCGCAUGUGCAGCGGUGACUAAGCUUGAAGAAGCCUCGUUUUCUCAGGUGAUCACUGAAGCGUCGAUCGAUGAAGAUCUGCAACAGUAAAGAGUUUUCGAAAAUAUCUUCAAACGUGUCCAAGUUUAUUCAAACGAUGGGAGGAGUCGUAUCAGCGAAUACUUCUUGUUACAUUAAUUCUCGAUAACGCACUUUAUCAACUGCAGCGCGCUAGAAAAUGAACUUGAUAAUGUUCAUACGACAUUACGUCAUUCAUGGAUGAUACCUCGAUGGCUUCUACUUAUUUCUUCUCUGUCAGCUCGGAUAGAGUGAGAAAUGUUUGGCGCGCGAACUAAAACUCGAGUAAAUCUCGAGUGAAUUCUGGGUCGUCUAUUUCAAUAUCCGCAACCUCGACGCAUCUGGAAGAUUGGCCAAAUAGUCCUCAGCAACCUUGCGGCAAUCUUUGCAGUC